AUGACUCUUGCACAUCGCAUUAAGAAGGGUGCCUUAUUGCUUCUUAUUUUACUUUUUGGAACUUUCAGUUUCUACUAUUUAAAGUCAUACGACAGUUUGGUUCAAUUGCAAAGUUCGCUAGCCAAACAGAAUUUCAUACCCAUUUCCCACUAUCCAAGUUCAGAGCCACUUGUGAUUUUCCCAAAAGUAUACAAUCAUUUCACUGGCAACUUUACUGACCUCUACCACUUUCAGUACACCCAUGAUACCGUGAAGCCUAGAAAUGUCGUCCAGUAUUCUGGCAAUUCUUCGACCUUGUCUCGGCGUAUUGUAGACCAGAACUUCAAGCAGCAUCCAUUAAUUGUUUUCGAUUCAAACAACGAGCAAGAAGAAUGUUCCAAAUUGAAGGAUUCUCGCAUAAUGGAAAUCUCAGCUUAUGAAGAGCUCGAUCGUCUGUUGGAGCCUAUGGUAACACAGCUUUUGUAUCAGCUUGAGAACGAUGAAGCUUUUUUUGAAAUGAAGGAUGUUUUCAUGAAGGAAAUUCAGAGGCAACAGGAAGAAGGAAUUCUUCAUAAGCAUUUCUUCAAGUUUGGUGGAACUUCUGUAUGGUUGAAAGAGCAUGGAGUUCAUUUCAUGAUAUCAAGAGUAGUCUUCAGUCUCAAAGGCUUUAGAAAUGCUGCAAUAGUGAGUUUGGCAUAUGCCCAAAUUUUCAACGACAAUUGGGAAGAAAUGAAGGAUGUAGAAUUGAUUUUUCCUUCGCGAUCUCCCCAUAGUGAUGAGCCCAUAGUAUAUAAGAGUAUGAAGUUCCCAUCAUUCCUUCCAAUACCUUAUUAUCAAAAUUUUGAUUACCGGGAAUCUAGAUUUUAUGGACCAGAGGAUCCUAGACUUUUGCUAGUGAAAAAUUCAUUGGGCCACGAAGAACCGUUAAUGGUUUUCAAUGCAUUCCAGCGUAAAAUUAACCAAACCAGUUUGUCCGAAGAAGGACAGAUGAAUGUGACCUUCGGGUUCUAUCGUCUGAUGUUCCUUUGCUGGCCAUUCCAAUUUCAAACAGGUAAGGGUGACAUCGAAGGAGUCAGGAACGAAACCACAGACCAUAUUGUAUACAACAAGAUUGUGGAAUUGAGGAGAGAUAACACCCAAAGGUUAAAGAAGCAGAAAAACUGGACUCCAUUUAUAGAUUUGACGGAAAGAGAUGACAAUUACGACAAACACAUAUACUUUGUCUACAGAUGGUCCAGUUUGGAAAUUUUGAAAUGUAAACUCACUGAUUUCUCCAAGGUCGGAGAGUCGCAGUGUUUGUUUGUUUAUAAACGAGAGACCAAGCAGAAGGAUGAUAUUGAUGUUGGAUCUCUAAGAGGAGGUACGGAACUUCUCCAAGUAGAUGUAGGUGGACACAAAGCAUGGGUAGGAUUCCCUCGAGCUCACAUUAAGUAUUGUGGAUGCGGCAGGGCCAUGUACCGACCAAACUUGGCGGUUCUAACACAGCACGGAAGAGAAUACAAAAUCAGCUACGUUUCUUCCUUUAUUUCUCUUGAUGUGAAAAUUAUAGGCUGGAUGAAUCCGGAUGUAGAGUGUGUUGAGAAAGACCCCAGUGUAAUGCUUCCUAAUGGUAUCUCAUCCUGGGAGACUAUUGGAGAAGUUGAUUAUUUGACGUUGACAAUAUCUGUCACUGAUGAAUCAAAUCAUAUCAUCCAGAUAAAGAAUUUGCUUGAGCACAUCAAACAAAUGACAACAACAGAGAAUCCUACAUUAGGGUUCAAUGACAAUGCUAUUGACUGUGCUAUCAAACAGUCUAAGAACUUUUGCAAAAAGUACGGAGAUCUGCAGAGGAAGAUGCAAAAAGAGAAGAAGUUGAUGGAAGACAAUGAAGACUAA